AUGCAGUAUAUCCACUUUCUUCUGUCUAUUUUAAGUAUUAUUGUGGGUCUGCAGUAUGAAUCACUACACGCUGGAGAAGUUCCUGGAGGCGAUCAGGAGCAGAGGCAUCAAGAUAUGCCCUGGGUGCAAUGCCUCGCAGGCUGUAGCACCUGCCCAGUUAUGCAUAUGUCGGCAAGACAAGUUUUGCCUGCUCUGCUUCAUAUCAGUCUCUUCUCAUCGCGGCCAGAGCUUGGAAGCAAUUCAACUAGGCACCAUGACGCUGGAUGGAAGUACAACUUCUUGUCGGAAGGUUCUUAUAUAUGGUCUCUAGAAACACUCGCAUGCAGACUCUCUGCCCUCGUUCGCCCGCCGCCGCCCUUCGUCCCUUCGCCACCGCCGCUCCAUGCCUUCACCGCUGCCCUCGCCCAUCAAAGCCGCCGCCCUCCAUCGGACGAUCCACUUCAGGAGACGCCGCCGACCCCGUUCAGGACCAGCCGCCGAUCACGUCCAGGAUCCGACGCCGUUCCCCUUCAGAAGCCGCACGCCACCGCAGAUCCAUCCCCUGAAAAAUCGAGACUCUUGAGAUGGGCGAUCGAGAGGGGAUCAAAAGGAGUAACUUUCACCUGCGGCCGCAAAGGGCCUUUACACCGCCGCCGAGAGCCGUGCGCGGGUGGUGCGCUGUGA